AUGUUAUUUGUUUCUACCACCAAGCGUAUCCGGCUCCAAGAUGACGUUCAUCUCUAUGUCGAGCAGUCAUUCCCUUUACGGUCUCAAGACCAUUUAACUAUUAUCUUUCUUCACUUUUGGGGAGGUUCUUCCAAAACCUGGUCUCCCGUCCAUGAUUUAAUCGCACCAACCUUCCCAACUGUCCGGCUUGACUUCCGCGGAUGGGGUAACUCCAGUGGCCCCGCCAAUGAGACAGGGUACUCCAUCCUCCAACUCGCCCAAGACGUUGAACUAGUCAUUGAACAACUGGAACUGCAGAGAUGUAUCAUCGUCGGGCAUUCUAUGGGUGCAAAAGUAGCGCAAGCUGUUGCUGGUCGGAAGUGUGUUGAUGGGCUUGCAGGUUUAGUCCUGCUCUGUCCGGCGCCGCCAACACCAUUGAUCCUGCCUGAAGAGAUGCGCGACCAACAAAUCAGCGCCUACGAUAAUGCACGGAACGCCGAGUUUGUUGUCCGCAACGUUCUCACUGCAAAGCCCCUGCCCGACGUCACCAUGAAGAAAAUUGUGGGGGAUAUGUUGAAGGGAAAUCCGGCUGCUAGAGUAGCAUGGCCACGACAUGCCAUGAAUGAAGAUGUACGAGAGCUAGCCAAGGGGAUUUCCAUUCCGUCAAUUGUUAUCUCUGGAGGCAAAGAUCAAGUUGAACCGGUGGCUCGUGUCAAGUCUGAGGUCUCUGGUAACAUUUCCUUCGCCGAGUUCCAUGUACUGGAAGAAGCUGGACAUCUGGCCCUACUAGAGGCGCCGGAGGAAGUCGCGGAGAUCAUAAGUGACUUUGUGUCACGUCGUGUUUAG